AUGAAGUUUACGACGACAGUUCUGACAUCUCUUGCAUUUCUGAUAGCCAAGUCUAACGCUGAGGCUAGCUUAGGUUUUGACCUGGGUGUGCAAGCCACCGACGGUUCCUGCAAGACCGCCGAGGACUACGAGUCUGAUUUGGACACGAUCUCCUCGCAAGCCUCCACCGUGAAGGUUUAUUCUGUGUCUUCAUGCAACACUCUUCAGAUUUUGGGACCUGUUGCCGAAGACAAAGGCUUUACCAUUGCUCUUGGAAUCUGGCCAACCCCAGACUCUACUUUCUCCUCGGAGAAAGAAGCCCUGACUUCUUACUUGCCUAACAUCUCGAAAAAAACCAUUCAGGCGUUUUUGGUCGGUUCUGAGGCUCUCUACAGAAAUGAUAUGAGUGCUUCUCAGCUGGCCAGCGAUAUCUCUGAGAUCAAGGAUCUUUUGUCCGGUAUUAAAGACAAGAAUGGUGACUCCUAUGGAGAUGUGCCUGUUGGAACUGUUGACUCCUGGAACGUCUUGGUUGACGGUGCUAAUGCCGAUGUUAUCAAGACCGCCGACGUCAUCUACGCCAAUGCCUUCUCCUACUGGCAAGGACAAACCAUGAACAAUGCUUCCUUCUCUUUCUUCGAUGAUAUCAUGCAAGCUUUGCAAACCAUUCAAACCACCAAGGGUUCUUCUGACAUUGACUUCUGGAUCGGCGAGACCGGAUGGCCAACCGAGGGUGACAGCUUUGAGUCUGCCACUCCAUCUACCUCUAACGCUGAGCAGUUCUGGAAGGAGGCUAUCUGUGCUAUGAGAGGUUGGGGUGUUAACACCUACGUUUUUGAGGCCUUUGAUGAGUCCUGGAAGCCAGACAGCUCUGGAUCCUCUUCUGAGAGACAUUGGGGUGUCUGGAAUGCUGACAGAUCGCAAAAGUACGAUCUCACUUGUGACUUCUCUUCGUGA